CAAAAUAUUGUCAUUUUCUCUUCGAUCGUCGCCAUCUUAAUUUCUCAACACUGAUUUGAGGGUUCGUAUGUGAUUUAAAAUACUUUAUUUUAGGUAAUGGCGAGACAUUCUCAAUUAUUUGUGGGCCGUUUGCCGUUAGAUUCAAAAGAAAGAGACAUAGAAGAUUUAUUCGGAAAAUAUGGUAGUUUAGUAAGAUGCAACUUAAAAUAUGGUACCGGAAUGGCAUAUGCUUUUGUCGACUAUGAAGACAAAAGAGAUGCUGAGGAUGCAAUAAAAUAUGAAAAUGGACGAGAACUUCGUGGACAAACGAUUGUUGUAGAAUGGGCGAGAGGACCAUCAAGUCGUCCUCCCAUGAGAAGUAGGACAAGUGCGGAAUGUUAUCGAUGCCAUCGACAUGGCCACUGGGCUAGAGAUUGUCCAGAGUUGGAGAGAGAUCGAUACAAGGCUAGGCGUUAUUCUCGAUCCAGGUCUCGUUCUAGAAGACACAGGUAUAGUUAUAGUAGAAGCCGAAGUCCUUCUAGAGGCAGGUGGAGUAGACGACGUAGAACACCUAGUCAAGUUCGUUCACCAAGCUACAACCGAUCAAGGAGACCAAAGAAGCGCACACCAACACCAGCCAGCUCUCAUUCCAGAUCCAGAUCCAGAAGUGUUGAGAAAACCAAAUCUAAAGAAAAGUCCAGGCGUAGUUAUAGUAAAUCUGGAAGCCGUAGCCCUCCACGGAAACGACGCAACAGGAGUGUGAGCAAGGAAAGAAGCCGCGAUAGAAGUGUGAGCAAGAACAGGAGUCGUGAUAGAAGCGUGAGCAAGGAAAGGAUUCGUAACCGCAGUGUAAGCAAGGAAAGAAGUCGAAAUAGAAGUGCAAGCAAAGAAAAGAACCGUAACAGAAGUGUGAGCAGGGAAAGAAGUCGCUCAGCUUCUCUACGCAAAUCUCGCAGCAAAAGUACUAGCAAGGGUAAAAGUCCAAAGCGGGUUGAGCGCAGUCAGAGUCGCAGCAAGGAGAAGAGUCCUUUCCGUAAAAGUCGAAGCAAGGCUCACAGUCGCUCUCACAGCAGUAGUCUUGAAAGGAAGAAGCAAUCUAAGAGCCGAAGUCCUUCACCUAAUAAUAAUGAAAGAGAGGUUGCCAAUGGUGAAAGACAGAUGCGAAGCCGUGGUAGUAGUGUCGAUUCUCAAAGAAGCAAAAGUCGAAGUCGUUCUCUUAGUCCAAGCUAUGACAAAGAGGAUCGUGGUUCAGAUGGAAGAGACAAGUGGAGCAAAUCUCCUUAAUUUUUGUAUACAUUUUGUUGUGUAGUCAUUUCAGUUGUUUCUAUAUGUGUUGUAAUUUUUUUUUAAUUAAUAAAGUGUAAUUUACUCA